UGUGUGAGUGUCGAGCGGUCUGUAGUGUAGUCUGCCAGGGAGAGGGCAUCUGAGGAAGCUAGAAAUGAGGCGAGAGGUUUUUAUAGGCAAGACACGAACAGAUCACUGACCGAUCGAGACGGUGGUGGCAAGUGUCGAUUAGUGUCGGAAUGAAGUCCGAAUCCCUACUCACCUCAUUGGCGGCGUUUUUACCCGAACAAACAGCUGUUGUGUCGAGGGGACGAUUCGAUCCGUCACUUAGGCCACAGUGAGGUUAUACUGAGAGUGUGUUUGAAAAAGUGAUAAAAAAUAGGAAGAAAUCUUAAGUCACCAACAAAAAGUCCCGGUACUCCCCCUAGACGGGUAGUGGCUUGCACAACUUGACACCGGCGAUUGAAGUAUAAAGAAAGCUAAACAUUUGUACUUGGCAUUCUUCACGUAAUGUAGAGAUCCUGGGUUUUUCACGGGAUCAGUAAGGAUGAGUUUGGUCUGCCUCAAUUUUUUUUAGUAAGUACAAGACUCCUUCACAGCCAUUAAGUAACACAGUAAUCGUCCUCGAUCAGAACUGUACAACGAAGAAGAUGUAUCACCUCUACAUUUUAUUUGCGAUCUUUGAAUAAUUAUGCAAAAUAUUACGUUAUUAAGAAACCAGUUACACACAUCCAGAUAUAAAUAUCGGUGAUCACGGACCCUGAAGAUCGUGCACCAAACUAACAGUGUUCCUCAGUAGAUGGCAAUCGUGUGGACUUUGGAUCUGGACAUCCAGUUGCUGAAGGUCUUUCUGAAGUCCGUCCUGCCAUCGCUUCCUCGAUCUUCCAAUUGGAUGGAUACCUUCCGGUUUUCCUGUAAACACAGCUUUGACCCGGUACAUCAUUCGACAAUCGUCACGUCCGACAGUACAAGAAUUAUACCAGCAUCGGAGCGUGGCACAGGUAUUGGAACUGCGAAGACGGAGCCCUCGUCACCUCUGCCGCCUUACGUCAAUUAUGUCGGCAACACGGGGCCGGGAAGCUCUUUGAGAGGUGGAGAGGGUACUGCAGCCUUCCUAGAAAAAGAAGACGAUGACGAAGUCGAGGUGGUACCCCACAAUCCAGUCGUCUGUCCUGCGCACGCCAGGAAACGGAUCGUGUAUUCCCAGAUGCUCACUAUGGCUAUCAUGGAUUCCCCAAACUGGCGCAUCUCGUUGCGUGAGAUCUAUAGAUACACCAGGAGGAACUUCCCGUGUGUCAGGUUUCGGAACAACUGGGAAAAUUCCAUCAGGCACAUCCUGUCCAUCAGCCCACUCUUCGUGAAGACGCAGCGCACACCCAAGCGCAAUGCCCACUACUGGUCAGUCGUGCCUUCGUUCGCGGACACACUGCGGGAGAACUUCAGCUCGCCCAACCAGUACUGCUGCAAGUGGCAGCUGGUGAACCGACUGCAGCGCCACUACACCCAGACGCUGCCUCGCGAGCGGCCGCCGCAGUUCGCCCAGGGCCGACUCUGCGAGCCCUCUAUCCGUUACAAAACGAGCAAGAGCUCAUCAUCCACUCGGAAGAAAACUCCACACAGUUCGUCGGGAGACAGCUGUCGCGUAGGUCCGAGGAAGCCACAACGUCCAAUUUCGACAACGUCCGUUACAGACUUUAAAACUGAAACAAGGGACGAGUUGGAUUGGGGCUCAGAAGAUUUUCUCUGCCAUGCACCGCCCCUCAAACCGCUCAUUGCACGGGCCAUCAUGCUGUCCCCGUACAGGCACGUACCGUUAUCGGUGAUCUACGCGUACUGCAUAAGGCACUGCCCGUACUACAAGAACUACAGGUGGCAGUGCCAGAUGCUCAUUAAGAGCAUCCUGGCCAGUGAGGCGUGUUUCAAGAGGCUGUCACAGGAGGAUGACAACAGGACAGACUACUGGACAUUUGAUAUGCGAUACAAAGAUUUGUUGGAAAAAGACACCUGCCAGCCACCAGGUGACGAUCUCGACGCUGCGUACCGUAACAUCUGGGAGCACGAUCAUGGACUGUACCCCAAGCGGUUGGAAUCGCAUCUGGACGAAGACGACAGCACCGGGCAGUGCUUCCGCCCCGACCGCUCACCCGACAGCCAGGUCACUGACACGGCCUCGGAGUCCGGCUCGGAUACCGACGAAGUCCCGGGCCUGCCGCAGUUGCGAAGGCUACAGGGGCCGUCGCAGAGCUGUCCUCCUGACACUGGACGCAGUGGAGGAGGUGCGACGAACGGAAAUAGAUCGACGACAGGUGACGGUGGAAGUGGACGCGGGUGUAGUCCAAAGCAAAACAGUGUGUGCGACUCCUAUCUGGAAUCCCUACCGAGACACAAGAAGCAGCAUUCGGGUUAUCUAUUUGUGGACCAACCCACUGAUGUGCUGGACAUUAAAGAGGAACAGCUCCCUGAAGAAUUACCCAUGGUAGACAUUUAUACUGAAGAAAACGGAGAACAAACACCAAGCAUGUGUGCUACACUUCUGGAUGCUGAUGUCUUCAGACCAGUGAAAAUCAAACAAGAGAAGGACGAAUACCUCGUCCCUGUUAAAUAUGAAAUGGUUGAUACUCGGUGCUAAUACUGCUGUGAAGUUGCAAGGGAAAUAGAUCCUACUGGAACGGAGAAUUUUUGGACUGUUGACAUCUGAAUGGUGACCAACCUGUGGUUUCUGAUCAGCAGAAAGAAGACAGAACAUGCCUCAAUCAUUGACAGCUGUGAAAAAUGUGGGCCAGUUCAACUCAAAUUGAGCUGAAACUUACCACUGAAAAGUGUUACAAGAAGUGGGAGAAGUAUUCCGGUAUGUUUCACAAAUUGUACACCUAAAUGUUCAGAUGAGAAAGUCAUUUUCCAAAAGUGUUACAUAAACUCAGUAGGUUAAUGUAAUGCAAGUCUGAUGGUGUAUUACUUGUACACGUGACAAGUGAGCAGGUGACUGUUUGAAAGUUUACUAGAAGUUUUGGCACGUUACUCGUGCACUCGACAGAUAAGCAAGUGACGUUUUCAAAUUUUACUAGAAGUUUCGUAGUGUUAAGCAACCGGUUAUUUGUCGCGAACUGUAAAUAUUAAGGAAAUGGGUAUCUGGAUCAGGAAUCUGUUCAUCCAGAUAUUAUUGUCUGUCAGAUGGAGUUACCCACUAGUGUGUCGGUAAUUCAAAAUUACUGAAGUGUAAUAACAUAUAUUGUACUCCCAGCGGGAGGAGAAAUUUUCCACGAAUAUUAACACGAUACAGUUGUCUUCCAGUGUGAUGGAACUGAAGAAAUGAAUGUUUUGGAAAGUACUUGCCUCAGAUUUGUAGCCAGAGUAGUAAUAUAUUUAGUGUAAAAGGGAUGAUUGAGGUUUGAGGUACAGUGUGGAGUCACUUUGAGUUGAUUAGUGAAGUGGUUAAUGUGUGGGAUUCAUGUUCGGAAGCAGUGGCAUUUAGUUACCAUCUAGUUUUAGGUUUUUGUUGGUUGAAUCAAUUGGGGCACAAUGUUCAUUGUUACCAAUAAAAGUAAGGCAUGUUUGCA